GCUCCAUUCACUGCUCGCCACCAACGACCCAACUCUCGUGCAUCACUGACCAGAGACACCUCGACAACCCCUCUUUUCCUAAGACGAGAUUCACCCUUCCCCGAAGCAUCGGGACGAGCUAUAAUACCACCCGCGAGCUAUGGAGGAGGACAGGGCGCAGGCCGAUAUAGGCAUCGCCGCAGACAUCGAAGAGGCCCAUUCGCCGCCGCCGCCGCCGUCGUCGCAACCCGCGCUGAAGCAGCCCAAGAAGCGGUUCGUGGGGCGGAGGACAGCCGCCAACUCGGCGCGCAAUGGCGGCGGGGGCUCGGCGGCGGGCGAAAGCGGCGCAGUUGAGAGCGCGGCGCCGCGGCGGGCGCCGCGGCUCCUGAACCAGGUGCCGCGGGAGAUCCUGGAGGACGCGGCGCUACAGGAGGCGAUAUCGCUACUACCAGCGAACUACUCGUUCGAGAUCCCGAAGACGAUCCACCGGAUCCGGUCGUCGGGCGCGCGCCGCGUCGCGCUGCAGAUGCCCGAGGGCCUGCUCCUCUUCGCCACCACCAUCGCCGACAUCCUCGCCCGCUUCUGCCCCGGCGUCGAGCCCCUCAUCAUGGGCGACGUCACCUACGGCGCCUGCUGCGUCGACGACUACACCGCCCGCGCGCUCGGCUGCGACCUGCUCGUCCACUACGCCCACAGCUGCCUCGUCCCCGUCGGCGUCACCGCCGCCGCCGUCCGCGUGCUCUACGUCUUCGUCGACGUCGCCGUCGACGCCGCCCACCUGCUCGCCACCGUCGAGCGCGCCUUCGCCCCGCCCAAGGCCGUCGCCCUCGUCGGCACCAUCCAGUUCAACGCCACCAUCCACGGCGUCCUGCGCCCCGCCCUCGAGCGCGCCGGCUUCGCCGUCCGCGUCCCCCAGGCCGCGCCCCUCUCCCGCGGCGAGGUCCUCGGCUGCACCUCCCCCCGCCUCCCCGCCGCCGGCCCCGGCGCCGUCGACCUCGUCCUCUACCUCGGCGACGGCCGCUUCCACCUCGAGAGCGUCAUGAUCCACAACCCCGACCUGCCCGCCUACCGCUACGACCCCUACGCCCGCAAGCUCACCCGCGAGACCUACGGCCACGCCGAGAUGCAGUCCCUGCGCCGCGGCGCCAUCGCCGCCGCCCGCCGCGCCAAGCGCUGGGGCCUCAUCCUCGGCGCCCUCGGCCGCCAGGGCAACCCCCACACGCUGGCGCUGAUCGCGCGGCGCCUCGACGCCCUCGGCAUCCCCCACGUCGAGCUCCUGCUCAGCGAGAUCUUCCCCGCCAAGCUCGCCGCCAUGCCCGACGUCGACGCCUGGGUCCAGGUGGCGUGCCCGCGCCUCAGCAUCGACUGGGGCUACGCCUUCCCCCGCCCCCUGCUCACCCCCUACGAGGCCCUCGUCGCCCUCGGCGAGCGCGAGGGCUGGGACCGCGACGACGGCGGCGACGGUGUCUACCCUAUGGAUUACUACGCCCGCGACGGGCUCGGCAGGACCAAGGGCGUCGUCGAGGUGGGAGGAUGAGAGGGGAGGGGUUGGUGCGGUCACGUUCCUGUCUGAUGAUGGUGACGAUGCCGCGCCUAGGCGUUGCGGUGCACCAGGGGGUAGGU